UAUUUCCAGCACGGCAGAGCAAAGACACAGAAGUAAACGGCACGACAACAGAAUCGCUGCGAUAUUGAGGUGUUAGGAGUGACAGUGUUUGCUGUCCUCCAACCAAUAUGCCUUUCUUGGGCAAAGACUGGAGGUCGCCAGGUUGGAGCUGGACAAAGACAGAACAAGGCUGGAAGAGGACUAUCUUCUUUGGACAUGAGUUGGAGGACAAUAACAGAGAGAUACACCUGAAAAAGCUCUGCAAUGACAACAAUGACAAUCUGUUUGUCGAGGACAUGCGGGACCUUGCCAUCAUAAAGAGGAAAAAGGACUUCUACAACAAUAACACCAAGUCCCAGUUUGUUUUCAGGGAUAAGUGGAUCUAUGUGCAAAAGGGAAGCACAAAAGAACGACAUGGAUACUGUACUCUUGGAGAAGCUCUCAACCGUCUAGACUUUUCUAGCGCCAUUCAAGAUUUAAGCAGAUUCACUUAUGUUGCAAAGCUUUUUCAGUUAAUAGCCAGGUCUCAGUUGACAUCUUUGAGUGGAGCUGCCCAGAAGAACUAUUUCAAUAUACUUGAGAAGAUUGUACGAAAGGUCCUGGAGGAUUACUACAACCCACGGCUUGUGAAGGACCUUCUGCAGGACCUGAGCUCCACACUGCACAGUCUGACCAUCCAUGUUGGCAGGUGUGUCCUCGUGGGCAACGUGAACAUCUGGUUGUGCCGCCUGGAGACCAUUGUUAAAUGGCAGCAGGAGCUCAACAACCUGCAGAUCCCCAAGCAAAUCUACGCUGGUAUGUCAUUCAAUGACUUGCCCCUAUACAUGCAGAACCAGAUCCUAUGUAAGUUAUCGGAUGCCUGUGACAUCAUUAACCUGGGACAGGCCACACCUACAUUGCACAGCCUCAGUGAGAACAGGACACUCUGGAAGAAACUUUGCCAAUUUCACUUCUCAGACAAACCGUAUUGUAGGAAUUUGGCACUAAGCAAGAGUGACAACGUGGACUGGAAGCUGAUGUAUUUCACCCUGCAGAAACACUAUCCCAUGAAGGAGCAGUACGGGGACACGUUGCACUUCUGCAAACACUGUAGCAUCCUCUUCUGGAAGGAUCACCAUGUGGCUUUGUUAUUCAAGGACUUUGGCCACCCGUGCACAGCCCAUGAUCCAGACAGCUGCCUGAUGCCCAUUUCCCCGCAGCACUUUAUCGACCUCUUCAAGUUCUAAGACCUUCAUGUCGUUCUUCAAGCCGAGCGCCCGUUUACGUUCACUCCCACACCGAGGGUGUGCAAAGACCUUGAUGUCAUUUACCCAAAUACAAAGGGCUCCAAAUGAACUAAACGGGGUGUUGUCUUUGUUUCUCAGCGCACAAUACUUUCCAUAAUAUUGAAGAAUAAAUAUGUAUGUUUAUGUGUUGUUGUUUUUUUAAGAAUGUUGAUGAAUAUCAAAGGAAUUUUUGUCCUUCCGCACAAAUGUUUGCCGUUAUGGCAGAUAAUAGGGAUUCUGGACAGAAAGAAUCAGAAUAUGUAACUGAAAUAUAAAUAUUUUGAGAGGAUUUAUAUGUUAAACAAGCUUUAGCAUGUUUAUGGUAAGUGAGUGGGUGACUAUUGGUGAUGCAUAAUGAGUUUGUUAAAGUAAUGGAAAAAGAUAAAUAUUUAAUUGAGGCAAAAAAUGUGUUUUAUUAAUUAUUGAUGGUGUAAUGCUGUUUUUCAAUGUGUUUGACUGUGAUGUUUUUCUCCAGUAACCUUAUGACACGUUUUAGUCUAUUUACAAACUAUUUGUUGUCCUUUGUGAGUUCCCUCUGUGCCAGCCAGCAGUGUUGAUACUAAAAAGUGUUAAUGUAACAAUCCCAUUUGCUGUAUUAGGUUUUUCUACUUUUGUUAGAAGUUUAAAGUGAUGAAUGGAAGAAGUAUUAUUUAAAGCCACUUUUUGUGGUAAUACCACUGGUGGCCACGUGGGGGCAUAUAGCGCCGCUAUGGUGACAAAAGACCUACUGACAAAACUGCUAUUUAACUUUCUUGUAAUAUGCUGCCCCCGUGUGGUCACAAGUGGCAUUGCUCCACAGUGUGGCUAAAAAAAAAAAUCCUUUAAACCCUUCAUCAAACUUUUGUAAUAUCCCUUUACUAUUCCAAUACUUUUGAUGGUACUAUCAUGACUUUUGUGGGGUGGAAACCAGCAAUAAAAUGAAGUAUUUCUAAAGACCUUUUUCUGUUAUUAACAAUUUAUAUUUUUAGUGAUAUUAUUGGUUUGUUAUUCUUUUUGAUUUUAAAAAAACUCUUUUUAGACUUCUUAUAGCGUUCAAGUCUUAUAUUUUGAUAUUAAUUGCUUCUUUUUCUGUUGUGA